UACAGUUAAUUUUUUGCCGUCGAGCAGUUCGCGGGAGCUUCCGAUUUUUGGAUUGAACUGUUGGCAUUAUAUUUAGUAAAACAACACCUUUUCAAGGCAGGUGAAGUGAUAGAAUACGCGGCCGCUCGUGCAGUACAGUGCGGCGAUAAAAGGAAGAGAAAACUCUCUUACACUAAGGGAAACACAAAGCAGCCUACAAAAUGGUUAACAUUGUGGAUGGCGGCGCCAAGCAUGCGCCCCAGGAAAUGGAACAGUUCCUGCCUGGAGAUGGAAAGAAAAUGUACAAGAUCCAGCCCCGCAAAUCAGAUGCCGAGCAGGCCUUGGCUAACAGUGAUUUUGAUCCGUUCGCACUGCGGGAAAAUGAACAUCCCACCACUGAUAAUGAAACUCUUACGCAUUUGCUUAAGGCUUCUCUGGGCACUGGCAUUCUGGGUAUGCCAUUUGCCUUUAUGUGUUCUGGUAUUGUCAUGGGUAUCUUUGCCACCAUCUUCACAGCCUUCAUUUGCACGCACUGCAGUUAUAUUUUGGUGAAAUGCGGUCACAAGCUGUAUUACAGGACUCGCCGCACUAAGAUGACAUUUGCCGAGAUUGCUGAGGCUGCUUUCCAGAAGGGACCAAAAUGGUGCCGUGGUUUUGCGCCCGUUGCCAAGUUCUCCAUCCUGUUUGGACUCUUCCUCACCUACUUUGGCACUUGCUCGGUGUACACCGUCAUUGUGGCCUCGAACUUUGAGCAAUUGAUUGCCCACUGGACCGGCACGGCGAUCUCUCUGCGUAUGCUCAUCUGUGCGAUGCUGAUACCCAUGAUCCUGAUCGCAUGGGUACCGAAUCUCAAGUACCUGGCGCCCGUCUCCAUGGUGGCCAAUGUUUUCAUGGGCCUGGGACUGGGCAUUACGUUCUAUUACCUCGUCCAGGAUCUGCCACCACUGCCUGAGCGAAACUAUGUGGUAUGGGGAACCCUUCCUCAGUUCUUCUCGAUUACCAUCUUUGCGAUGGAGGCCAUCGGUGUGGUGAUGCCGCUGGAGAACAACAUGAAGACGCCGCAGAGCUUCCUUGGCAUUUGCGGUGUGCUCAGCCAGGGUAUGUCCGGCGUUACCCUCAUCUAUAUGCUGCUCGGUUUCCUUGGCUAUCUGCAUUACGGUGCCGUCACCCAGGAGAGUAUCACCCUGAAUCUGCCCAUCGAAGAGUGGCCCGCCCAGGCGGUGAAGCUGCUCAUUUCCCUGGCCGUCUAUUGCACAUUUGGACUGCAGUUCUUUGUGUGCCUUGAGAUCAUUUGGGAUGGCAUCAAGGACAAGUGCAAGAAGCGUCCAACUCUGGUCAACUAUGUGCUGCGCACAGUGAUGGUAACAGCCGCCGUUGUGCUUGCAGUGGCUGUGCCCAAGAUAGGACCCUUCAUGGGAUUGAUUGGUGCCUUCUGCUUCUCCAUUCUGGGAUUGAUCUUUCCGGUUGUCAUCGAGCUGAUUGUCCACUGGGAGACUGGAUUCGGUAAAUACAACUGGAUCCUGUGGAAGAACAUUCUGAUCACAGCCUGCGGCAUUGGAGCCCUGGUAUUUGGUUCCCUGGCGGCCAUCAAGGAUAUUGUUAAAGCCUAUCAAGAUCCAGCACCGGAAUAAGUUGAAUGCUGAUUAAAAUCUCUUGCACAUAAGGUGCAAAACCCAUAAGGAUUUGAGAGAAAAGCCAAGUGCUUUACAGCCGGGAGCGUAUAUUUAUUAUAUAUACAACACACCAACCAACAACACACCUACUAUAUACUACAUAUAUAUAUAUAUAUAUAUAGAAAGCCGGAGGCACGAGUUUAGGAGAGAAGAGGCUCCGCUUCCUAGAAAGAAAGAUCAUCUAACUAUUGUUAGAUGUAAAACUGCGCGCCCACACAUUUUGUACAUUUUUUCUUGUCCGUUGCUUAGUGUCUGUUUUGAGAAACGAAAGGGAUUUACUUACCUAAUUCACUGAUCGAUCGAGUGCCUACUUCUACACUCUUAAAGACUCACCCGAAGGCACCAACAACUAAGCCGUUUUAAGCACGUUUUAAAUGCACCUGCAAAAUUAUAUAAUAUAGGGCAUAAGCUAGUUAGGUCGAGAACUAAUUAUAGUACACACAGUUUCCUAUUGAUUUUAGUACGAUUUGGUACAGAGCUAAAAAAGACUUGUACGUAGAUGCACUCCCCUUUCCCUUUCUCUCUGUUCUAAAAGAGUAUUACUAAAGCAAGGAACCAAAACUGAAAAAACAUAUUUCAUGCCCCGCCUCGUCGUUUUUUUUAUUUUGUUCUGUAGCUAAUUGUUUUGCCUACAACAUUAUUUAACAUUUUUAGCAUGUUUAGUUGGUAAGCCUAAGUAAAUAAUAUUGUAAAGAAGCUUUUGCAAAUCAGUUCCAAAUAUGAUGAGCUAAAAUUACUCAGAGAAUACAAUUUUUAUACGAAAUCUAGCAGAGUAAUAACACUAAGUUACAUUGAAUUGCCCCGAUAUUUAUAUGAUAUGUACACACAUAUUUUUGUAUUUUAAUUUUAGCCUUAAAACAAUACUUAGCGAAACUAUAUAAACUAAAAUAAUAAUAAACAAUACGCAAGUUACCAACA